AGCCCAGCAGGGGGGAAUGCUGGGAAAUGUAGUUUACCAAAACAUAGACUUCCCGGACGCGAGGAGGAGUGUGAACAGCCCGGAGCUGGAGUCCCGGGGCAACCGGAGCCCCAGGAUUGGGGGAUGGGGAACUGCCUGUCAUCGCAGACUGCAGAUGAUCUGUCCCUGCUCAACGACUCAGACGGGGCUAGCCUGCCCGGAGAGCCCCCACCUCCAUACCAGGAGCGGCAGAAUGUUCCUGUCUACCACCCGACACCUAGCCAGACCCGCCUUGCAACGCAGCUGACGGAAGAGGAGCAGGUGUGGAUUGCCAAGAGGAUUGGCCUCAUACAGCACUUACCUAAAGGCAGAUAUGACCCGGGGUCCGAACCUUCCGAGAAGAAACCAAAAGAGUGUGUGAUCUGUAUGCUGGAUUUCGUCAGUGGGGCUCCUGUCCGCUUCCUGCCUUGUAUGCACGUCUACCACAUGGAGUGUAUAGAUAAGUGGCUGAUGCGGUCGUUCACGUGUCCGUCCUGCAUGGAGCCGGUGGACGCUGCACUCCUCUCCUCCUACGAGACCAGCUGAAUGGACGGCAUCCCGCAGAUGUGUGGUAUCAUGGCGGCCUGCUUUGAAGUAUUGCUUUGUGCUUUGGCCAAAAUAAAGUCCAUGUGGUGUGACCUUGUCCUUUCAUGAGACGUGAGGUGAUCUGCCAGACAGGAUGAUGGAAGUCGGAGCUUCCCACACGUGUGUUAUGGACUAUAUGGAUGAUGACUGGAACGUCGGGAGACUGCGCAGAGGACACGACCCUUGGAUAUAGAUGCCUUUCUAUAUAGACACGAGGUGAUAGGUAGAACUCCCAUCAUCAGGGGAUGCUUCAUGGGAGUUGACACCGCGGCCUCUUCAGUGACUACAUCUACAUGAUGACGCCGGUGUGUGAGUGCUGCAGAGUCAGUACCAGCUGAGGAGGCAUUUAAAGGGCAUCUCCCCCUGAGGAAGACCCCUUUAAAAAGCACUUUACUGCAAGUAUUUCACAGUAGAGAUGUCCUUGUGUCCUCCUGUUCUGUCAGGUUUUGCCCCCAUGUGUUAUCACCCAGCUUUCCCAGAGUUCUGCCUUGUUUUAUAGAAAUACAGAGCAAGGAACUAGGCCAGGGCUGGACAGAUCCCAGGAGGCAGCAAAUCAUCCAAACCAUUUCCAGACUUCUGAACUGGAUAUAGAUGAAAAGAUACUCCAGAGCUGCACUCGCUAUUCUGCUGGUGGAGUCAUUGUGUACAUACAUUACUUACCCUGUACUGAUCCUGAGUUACAUCCUGUAUUAUACUCCAGAGCUGCACUCCCUAUUCUGC